AUGUCUGGAAAACAUGAUCAUGUCGCAUUCAACGUUCUAAGUUUCCGAGAAAAUGAAACCAAAGUUGGUUUCUUUAGCACGAACAAGAGUCGAUUGAGCGUAGAUCAAUUUUGCAUUCAUAUACGUGAGGGUUUGGUCAUUGGGGAAGAGAAUGUGUCAUUACAUAAAUCAAAGGACAAUGAUUUAUUAGUCUAA